GAAGUGGCAGAACCGUACGGACGGCAGGUCGAACGACAGAUUUGCGAGUUCGAGCGCGCGCGUAUGUGUAAUAGAAAUAAUAAUAAUAUUAAUAAAAUAUCAACUCGUAUUCAUAUUAUAUUGUAUUAAUUUUAUCUCCGUCGAGUUUGUCGUUAUUUCACGGAUACGUCUUCUAAGUGUUGUUAACUAAUAAUAUAAGAGUAUAUUUUUUUUAUCGUCAAUAAAACAAAAAAAACAAACCCGUUCAUCGAUCUUCGACGUUUUUUGUGAUAUUCCUCUGGUAAUCUAUACACACAUUGUUUAAGUCGUCGCAGAACGGCAUAGUGCGAUCCAUCACACAGUAAUUAAAUGAUAUGUGAUUACAAUAACAAUAAUAAUAGUACCUUUUAAUAUGUGACGAUGAGUGUCCGUGGUGUUUGACGAAUACGCGAUCUACGUGAGGAUUUUACGCGCUUUGAAAUUAUGACCGUUUCGUACUCGCGUCUCGUAGCCAACGGAAGUAGUUUUGGAUGUUUUGGCAGUAUACUUUGCAAAUGGCGAGGAAGCGUCUACAAGCUUGUAUGGAGGGAAUUAGCUGCCUAUUUAGUGGUUUAUUUUGCCAUAAAUUUAGCAUACAGGUUUGCAUUCACGGAAGCCCAGCAAAAGUUGUUCAUAAAAAUCCGGUGUUACUUGGCCGGUCAUUCUGCGAGUGUCCCGUUGACGUUUGCUAUGAGCUUCUACGUCGGUCUGGUGGUAAAACGAUGGUGGGAACAGUAUAGGUUAUUACCUUGGCCCGAUACGUUAGCUCUUUUCGCAAGUGCGGCGAUACCCGGAACGACGGACGAGAGAGGGCGGCUAAUGAGGAGGAACAUAGUGAGGUACGCUGUACUAGCCUAUGUCAUCACCUUGAAGCAAGUGAGCAUAAGGGUGAAAAAACGAUUUCCCACAUUACAACACAUCGUCGACGCCGGUUUGAUGAUGGAUAGCGAAAAGGAGAUAUUGGAAGCGGUGGAAGCGAAGACCGCGAUGACCAAUUACUGGAUCCCGUUGACUUGGGCCACCAACAUCAUAAACAGGGCCAGAAGAGAAAAACUGAUAUCCAACGAUCAUAUGGUACAGACAAUACUGUUGGAGAUGUCCGAUAUGAGGUACAGGCUGGGAUCGCUGAUCGGUUACGAUAACGUCAACAUUCCCAUUCUCUAUUCACAGGUGGUCACGUUGUCGUUGUACGCCUAUUUCGGCGCCCAGCUCAUCGGUGCUCAGAUGGUGGAGCCUCCACCAGAAUGGGGUUUUAAAGAUUUUAAAGAGUUCGACCUGUACGUACCGAUCCUGACGAUUAUUGAGUUUUGUUUCUUCGUCGGAUGGCUGAAAGUGGCGGAAGUUCUCAUUGGACCUUUUGGCGAAGAUGACGACGACAUCGAGCUCAACUGGCUGAUCGACCGACAUAUAAAGGCGGCGUACAUGAUCGUAGACGAAAUGCACGAAGAGCACCCGGAACUACUGAAAGACCAGUACUGGGACGAGGUGGUGCCCAAAGACCUGCCGUACACAGUGGCGUCGGAACACUACAGGCGCGAGGAGCCCAAGGGGUCGGCUGAGUGCUAUAAGGUCAAGGAAUCGGAUUCGUUGUAUGCGAACAUGGCACCGAUGCAUCACAUGCAUAGGAAGACCGCGGUGCCCGAGGACGUGUACGCAGACUACGAAAGUGUUGACACACCAAUGGCUGAACGCCGCAAAAAUUGGUUCCAGAGGCAAAUACACCGGGUGGGAUCAAUUAGAUCGUCAUCGACCACUUAUUCGUCUGGCGGUCUGUUCAAUCGAACCAGACACAAUUCGGUUUACUCGAGCCCAGAAAAUGGGUUACCUGUGUCUGCUGGAAUUAACGGUCACGGUCACUUAAACGGCAUUAACGGCAGUACACCACAUUUGCAAAAGAUCACGCUGUACGACCGACUGUGGGGUAGGAAAUCUAUGAAAAGUCGGCGGGGCAGUACUCAAGGUUCGAACAAGAUUAAUGGACAAAUGAAUGCCAGAGGAAGGCCUAGAAUUCCGACGCCAGAUGUGCAAAAGGACGGUGCCGUCGAUAAGGACAACAAACAAAAUAUGUCCGUCAACGGUUCUAUUCCGCCGGGAACGUAUCCGUCAGAUUUGCCCGCAGUCGUACAGGUGGUGUUGUCUCCAAUCCAAGAAAUGGAUCCCAACCUGUCGGGCACGUUGCACAACCAGCGCCGAGUGACCGGCGCCGUGAGCGUUUGUCAGGGCGUGUUGAAUCCGGCGUUCACCGGCACCGCCGUGUACACCACCAUGUCGGUCAGCCCGAUCGCCAUGUCCACCGUGUCCAUGAGCCGGCCGCUGCUAUCCUCGCUGGGCAUCACCACGGGGUCGGGGGUGGGUGGCGGCGCGACCACGCCACCCGCACAGCGGCUGCUCAUCACCGACGUCACCGCGUCCACGGUGGCCGCCGCGCACCACUCGGACAAGGACGACAGCGCAUGCGGCGGCAGUUCCAGCGGCAGCGUGUCCAGCACGGACGACAGGAAGACGCCGGCCACCAACAGGCGCAAGCGGGGCGAGGUGUACGUGUAGACGUGCUCCGUUCCGUUUGUUUCUUGUUUCUUCCGUUAAUUAUAAUUAUAUAAUUCAUAAUAUUAUAAUGCACAAUUAUUGCUUUUUUGUUGUGUGCGUGGGAUUGAUGGUAUUUCUUUGUUGUUAUCGUUGUUGUUGUUGUUGUUGUUGCUGUUGUUGUUUCCGAAGACAGGUCUUUAUAUAUAAUAUCGGUGGAAGGGAUCCGUUGACAGAGGGAGCAGUUGCAGGACUCUGUGUGGGUGAGCUAGGAGGCUGUAAGAUUUAAUAAUACUUUGAUUUCGAACGAAAUAUUUUGUUUGAUGGGACAUUUUACUCUUCUAUACAGUCUCCCUCUGGAUUUUAUUAUUUUGAAGUUUCAUAAUAAAAACAUUCACAGGUGUACAUUUUCUAAAAUUUAGAUUUCGAGAUUAAUUUUCUUCUCAGAAAAGUGUGACGCCAAUUUUGUACUUCUGAACUAAACAGAGCAAAAUUAAGUUGAAUGAAAAAAAAAAUUGUCUAUUCCUAAUACCAUUCAAUCGGGCUGUCAUCGACCCGAGCCUUUCAUGCUUGCCUGCUGACAUUUUCUUAGCCGGGAGCUUCAGGAACCUUCGGGACACAGAUAGAUGUACCUGUACUCUGUAGAUACCAUGGUUGCACGACGAGUAAUAAUAUUAUAACGGCCUCAAAUGUGCUUAUCGAAUUGCAUAUUAUAUAUAUACGAAAAAAAGUCAUUUUAUACUAGCGCUCCCUAGUUACUUAUUAUCUAAAAUUGCUGUAGAUGGCGCUAGUAUGACGCGACUUUUUGUCAAAUUUGAUAAGAACAUUUGGUGCCGCUUAUCGCUGUGAUCCAAUAUGGGCCGUCGGACAACCCUGUCCCUCUGUCUACGCCCGUGGUUUGGAGUAUAAUGUAGAAUAUACCUAUUAUUAUUAAGGACUGUUUUUUUGGUAAAUUGGUAGGUUUGUGUUAUAUGGUUGCAACAGCUGUUACAAGGGUUUUGUAUUAGGUAUGUAUAUCGGGUACCGUCUUCGGUAUUAUUUUAGAUCCCCGGUUAAUAUAAUAUAAUAUACAACCGAAUAAAUGGAUAAUGUGCGUGUUAUACGUGAUAAAAUAUUUUCAAAAAAAAUCUUCGUUACCUAAAUUUUUUAUUAUAUCGCUAUAUUCGCUACCGGUAAUAAAUUAUUUAUUACGCAUUCGCGAUAAUGUAGGUAUGUAGGUAGGUGGUAUCAUUCCGAACGAGAAGACUGUUGACGAUGUGUAUACCGCGCGUGGUAUAUAAUCGAAACCGCGUAGUAGACAGUAGGUAUAUAUACCGUCAGCCCCAAACUGUAUUUUCCUAUAAUAUAUUAUGUGAAAUAAUGUUACGAUACCACGUGUAUACCGGAAUCAAUGUUAUACGGUACAGUAUAUUACCUAUGUAUAUUAUGGACUCGUGCGAAUGUGUCGCGUAGAUAGUAAACACAAGCUAUCCUGACGAGACGAAUAUCGUAUAUAAGGCUAAUCGAG